AUGGGAGAGAUUAUUGUAGAAGAUGAAGAAGAGAGCAAUCACAACAACAUCAACAAGAAUGCUAAUAUGAUAGAAAUCACUGUUAAAACCAUUGGCCCUUCUCCUACAUCUCCCCUUGUUGUUCCCUCUCCCGUCAAAGUUCGUGAUUUGAAGAAGUUGAUUGCUGAAAAUAGGCAUCUACCAAUUGAGAAUUUGAGGCUUAUUUUGCGUGGGAAUGUAUUGCAUGAUAGCAGAGAUGAGGAUGAUAUACGGCUCAAUAAUGGAGGUACAGAUUCCCUGAUUGUUGCUGUCAAACCAAAGCCACCAGCAAAACAUCUUCGAGAUGGAUUUGAUGAUGAUGAUGAUGAUGAUCUGAAGUUUCAGCUGCCACUAUCAGCAACUCAGUGGAAGAGGAGGCUUUAUCUCUUUCUGCAUGAUAAGUUGAAGAUCCCUGAUAUCCUUUUGGUGGGACUUUUCUCUCUCAGUCUGAAAGCAUGGACCGUUAUUAUUUUAUGGUUCAUUUUGGCACCUGUUGCCCACAGAUGGGAUCUUGGACCUAUAUAUAUACUGGGCACAGGCUUUGCUCUCAUCCUUCUGAAUCUUGGGCGGAGGCAAGCUGGUGAUCUCAGUGCUUAUUCUAUCUUCAAUGAAGACUUCAGGGAGCUUCCUGGGACCCUCAAUGCAGAUCGUCUGGAUAGAGACAUUCGAGCUGGCCAGUUUUGA